UAUAAGUAUCUGCGCGCCGAACCCGAAGACCAUCACUUCCUUCUAACUGAACCGCCACUGAAUACGCCAGAAAAUCGCGAAUAUACGGCUGAGAUUAUGUUUGAAACAUUUAAUGUUCCUGGUCUCUACAUAGCUGUGCAGGCUGUGCUUGCCUUGGCCGCCAGUUGGGCUGCCAGACCGGUGGAAGGCCGCACACUAACAGGCAUUGUUGUAGAUAGCGGCGAUGGUGUAACACACGUUAUACCCGUGGUCGAAGGCUACGUAAUUGGAUCUUGCAUCAAACAUAUACCCAUUGCCGGCCGCAAUAUAACCUCAUUCAUACAAAGUUUAUUGCGCGAACGUGAAGUUGGCAUACCGCCAGAGCAAAGUUUAGAAACUGCCAAAGCAAUCAAAGAGAAGCACUGCUAUAUUUGUCCAGACAUCGCCAAAGAAUUUGCCAAAUAUGACACGGAGCCGGGCAAAUGGAUACGCAACUAUACAGGUACUAAUGCGGUGACCAAGCAACCAUUCAGUGUUGAUGUAGGCUACGAACGCUUCUUAGGACCUGAGAUUUUCUUCCAUCCUGAAUUUUCAAACCCCGAUUUCACCAUUCCACUAUCGGAAAUCGUAGACAACGUAAUACAGAAUUGUCCGAUUGAUGUACGACGACCUCUUUACAAUAAUAUAGUUUUGAGUGGCGGUUCGACUAUGUUUAAAGAUUUCGGACGUCGUUUGCAACGUGACAUCAAACGAUCAGUUGAUACGCGUCUACGGAUCAGCGAAAACUUAUCAGAAGGCCGCAUUAAGCCAAAACCAAUUGAUCUACAAGCCAUUACACAUCAUAUGCAGCGAUAUGCCGUGUGGUUUGGAGGCAGCAUGUUGGCAUCCACGCCUGAGUUUUAUCAAGUGUGCCACACAAAGGCCGCCUAUGAGGAAUAUGGACCGGGAAUUUGUCGCCACAAUCCUGUUUUUGGCACCAUGACUUAAUCAUAUACCACCACACUGUGCACACAGAAUUGUUUUUCACCUCUACCUAUCACUCAAUUUCAAUUCCUUUUAAAUUUUGUUGUAUGCAAUAGUAGAAAUAGUUCAAGUCAUGUGCGGAAACAGAUAUCAAACAAAAACAAAUACAAGAUGGCGUAACGCACACAUAACUUUUGUUGAAAGACGCUUGUUUUCUUAAUAUGUAUAACAAAAUUUACCUAUGUUAAGCUGCUAAGUUAUAAUGUCAGUCGUUUUAUGUUAUAUUUAAAGUCAAUAACUAAUGAUAAAUUUGCAUUUUUGUUUUGGUAUUAGAAUUAAAGAGUCUUAUGCUUAUUAUAGCGGC